AUGAGCGCAGACGACAGUGGAAGGGCAAAUAUGGCUGCCACAAACGGCGAACGCUCUACGGCAACCCCUGAUCCGUCCACCUUGGCGACACCAGGCAAGCGGAAGCGAGUUUCUAGUCACGAUGACAAGGCCGUCCAGGAGGCAAGCGCUUCGUCGCUGUUGGAUGAAAGGACAAAACUGCAUGAAACAUUGCGUAACCUAGUUGAUAUCUUGAGCAAAAACGAUACCGAACUCCAACUACUGUCCUGCCCUCUACCAUCAUCGCCCGUAAAGCCCCGAUCAAAACGCGCAAAAAUUUCUGGAGAUAAGGAUGAAGCGGCUAGUAUUCAAGGUCGGGUCGUGUCAGACCGUUACAACACGCUUUCCGAGUUCUUAAGCGAUAUCGAAAAGGCAUCCGCGGUAGUGAUUGAGAGGAACAAGGCCCAAGCCAGCGGUACUCCAACUGAUGGCACACCGCUUACAGAGACAGUCAACCGUAUAGCUGCUUUCAAAAAGUUACUCAACAGUCUUGUGCGUCAAGCCCAUGUGAGCCCGGCCAGCAUCAAAGCGGAAACCCCAGGCAAUGACACGGAGGUGUCGGAGAAGCAGUCCACUUCGACAGAAGAAGCCCGAAACAAUGGCUUAGUAUUGACGUUGUUUGGGAAUCCGGCCAAUCCCAAACAGCUCUACUCAAGUUUACAGAAGUCCGUUAAGGUUCCGUUGUCCUCGGACGAGGCGGAAACGAAGAAAUAUGUCGAAGUACAGACACCGCUACCUGAAGAUGGCUUGCCGAACGGGAUCACCACCACGAAGGUCGCUCCCUAUGAUGGCGAGAAGCCAAAAGUGACCAAGCGAACGUUCGCUGAAGUUUUCGCCCCAAAAUCAACGUUGCCCGUGUUGGAGCCGCCACGAAGGGCUCGGUCCUCGUCCCGUACAUCUCAAGUUCCCUGGAUCGACCCUUUUGACUCAGUCACCAACUAUAGAAACUUCCUUGGGGACCGGAAUAAUUACUCCUUUGCACAACUUCCUUCAGGGAAUUGGCUUCAAUACGGUGGUGUGACGUCUUCUCCGUCUUUCUGGGGUCGCCGCCAGAAGCAGCAACCUUCGCAGCAGCACGGUGAAGAGAAGUAUCAUGAGGACCCAAUCCUUUGGCCAGACGAGGAUGCGUCCAUGUUGCAGGGCGUAUAUUCGUCUUUUGCCCCUAGUUUUGAUAGCUCUGGCGCGGUGGUACAAACAGACUCAAAGAACCUAGUAUGGUGGAACAAGCGGGGAGCAAAACGCUUGAAUGUAUUGCUGUCAAUACCAGACGAAGAAGAGUCUAGCGAAACAACAGUUGAACCAGGAAGUAUCGGUGAUCUCGAUGAAAGCACACUAGAAGAGAUGGUGAAGUCAUUUAAUCCCGAUGACUUUGCAGAUGCUUCUAUCCCGCCCGACGCCACGAAAAAUGAUGAAGAAGAGGAAGAAAGGGUCGAAAAAUCGCCAGAGGAGAAAGAUACAGACGAUCUACUAGCCGAAGUCUCUGACUUACUGGAGACUCUGAGUUCCUACCAGAGAAUUCGCAACCUUGAGCUUCCAACGCCCAACCAAAGUGCCGAAGCUAAAGACACGCCAUCCACUCAAACGAACCCGGAUAAGCCAUCUGAUGCGGAGUUCGACGUUUAUGAAACGCUGCGCUCUAGUUUAUCCGUGCUUGUGUCUCAGUUGCCGCCAUUCGCCGUUGCGAAGCUGAACGGAGACCAACUAGCAGAUCUAAACAUCAGUCAAAAAAUAUUAGUUGACAACGCAGACUACCCAGGCAGCAUGGAGAAGGACGAUCACACAAUCCAACAGGAAAGGGCAGCUGUGGCUGCUGCAGCUCCCGCUCCAAACAGGACGUCGACUCCCUCGCGUUCUAGCGGUUACCAGCCACCGUACAACCAGCGUGCUUUCAACGUCAAUGCUCGGAUUCAGCCCCCAGGAAGUUUCCAACCUCCACAACCGUACUACCCGCCACGGCAACCUUCGACUCCCGGCAGUUACACACAGGGCAACCCACAACCUUUCCCAGGAGCUCGCCCUCCAGCCACGCCUGGUCAACGACCCGCUUACUUCCAAGGAUACGGGCAACCCACACAGCAGUUCAACCAGGGGAAUCCAGUCCCGCAAUAUCAACGACCAGGACAAAACGGAUUUAAUCCAUAUGCCGGUCAGCCAGGGCCCAAUCCUGCUCAAGGUUCUCCACAGCAAUACAACCCGCGGCCAGGGCAACCAGCACCGUACAAUGUGACACCUUUUGGGCCUGGACGCAGUGCUUCCCCUCAAAAGCCGCCGACAUACGCAACCCCACGGGGCCCGUUUAUGCCCCCCGGUUCCACCCCCCAACAACGGUUCAUACAGCACCCGCAACCGCACCAACAAUCAACGCCAUACGGCAACUACACUCCCAACCAAAAUGCAAACGCUUACUCAAAUUCAGCUGCAGCAAUGACCUAUGCACGCAGUGCGGCCGAGCAAGCCGCGCUCAUGGACCGAAACAAGGUGCAGCUGGCAGCACAGGGUUCCCCUGGAGGAACACCACAGUCUCAGCCUGCGGUGGACCACCGCAGUUCCCAAGACCGGAGCGUCACUCCUGGAAACAAGCAGAAUGGCACGCCGGUACCUGCAUGA